CUGUUCAGUGCUGCCUUCGUCUUUGCUUUUCAACGUCGGAUUCCCACACCCAUGAAAAUGCAGCCCCGCUAAUUAAAGUAUCCUGAACCCACAGAAAUCAAGCAUUCAUCAUGAUCACCACAAACGACACGCCCACUGCCUCCACACCUCUUCUACUACACGCGGCACAAAACCCAUCUCACGGGUCCAAGGUAUAUAUUCAGCGAUAUCGCUCGGGGAAACGGCGAUAUCCUCUAUUCCUAUUCCGUCUCGUAAUAACUCCAAUGGUAUUGAUCACACUUGUGACGUUACUAGCUUGGGAUACCUCACCUCUUGGACAUUGUUAUAUGAAACCCAUUUGCCGAGCGUUGAAAGAUGGAAAUGAAAUGGAGGAAAUAUGGUGGAGAAAUCAAGGCCCUUAUGCUCCUUACAAGGAAUUUGAUCACAGUAAAAACCUAGAAUAUCUGCCAAGAGGCUGUGAAAUUGAUCAAGUCACCCUGCUUCAUAGGCACACCUCAAGAUACCCUACCCCCAAUGCAGGGAGAUGUAUGCUUGGGGCUUUGAACAAGAUUCGGAAGAGGGAAGUUGGAGUCCCUCGUCAUCAUCCCGAAUUGUCCUUCAUUGACAAGGCAGACCUAGAGUUGAAAGAUUGGCAGUUCGGCGGGUUGACGAACCAAGGCAGAAAAGCCGCAUGGAAAUCCGGCGUGCACAUAGCCACUGCAUACAAAUCGUUACUAGACAAGGCGGUUGAUGUUUUCACACGUUCGUCAGAAGGAGAAAGGGUGCUUGAGACUUCGAGGUACUGGUUAGAAGGAUUCCGAAAUCAUCGUUUCGCCAUCAAGAAAAAGUCUGACUUACCGAAAGUCGAUGUGAUCAUACCCGAGGAACCAACAUUCAACAGUACUCUAUCUGUGCAUUCAUGCCCAGCAUUCGAGAGUCUUGACCCUUCACCAGGCUCCAUAGCCCAAUCAGAUCUCUCGCCUCUCCUCUCAUCGGCCAUCGACCGAUUGAACACCGCCCUUCGCCCCAGGCCCAAGCUCGAUGCUGACGACGUAGCCUGUUUGGCAGACAUGUGUGGCUACGACAGCCAGUCCAGGGGCACGGAGUGGAAACGGUGGUCAAAAUGGUGUGGGCUGUUCACGAAGGACGAAUGGGAAGUGCUGGGACAUGGAAAAGAUUUGAAGAGGUACUAUGAGGUCGGGCAAGGGAGCGAUUACGGGCCUACAAUGGGCGCUGGUUACAUUAACGAAAUUAUUGCUCGUUUGACUGAUUCUGCCCCUCAAGAUAACACAUGCACGAAUCGCACCCUAGACGCUGAUGAGGAUACUUUUCCCAGAGGAGGGGAACGCUUCUUUGUUGAUUUUGGGCAUGAUAACGAAAUGCUAGAAGUCAUGGCGGCUGCAGGCGUCCUCAAACAAUCUAGACCUUUGACGACAACUGCAGUCCCUGCUCGCCGAACGUUCGUUCUUUCCGAAAUCGUCCCAUUCGGUGCCCGCCUGAUCUUCGAAAGGGUCUCCUGUGACACGGGCUACUGGGAACCUGGGUCAGGAACUGCUCCCGAAGGAGGAAAAGAGGGUAUCAAGAAAUAUGUCAGGAUCUUGCUCAACGACAAGGUCCAAACGGUAGCCCAUAUUGCAUGCGAGCAAUCCGCUUUUGCUGAGCAUGGCCUAUGCGAGGUGGAUGCCUUUGUCGAAAGUCAGCAAUUUGCGACAACAAACGUUUCUUGGGAUAUUUGCUACAACAGUUCUCACGAGGAGGAAUAACAGACUGCAAGUAAUGCAUAAUGUAUGAUUAAGUAGCCGAUGACGGUCUCGUAAUGAUUAUGAUAGUAUGCUAUGCUAUGCUAUGAAUUUGAUGAUUUA